GUUUCGUACACUCUGUGUUGAACGUUCGUUGGCGGCGGUUCACGCAUCGCGUCCGCAGCUUUUACCCUCAGUUCCCGAGUGGUUCGAAAUAUCGUGAAUAUAUCGCGGCAAUACUAUAACUAUAACCCCUAGAGGCCUGGAUUUUUAGAACACGCUCUUUCGGCGUUUUUCGGUGACACUGGAUAUUCCGGUGGAGUUAUUUUAAUUUUCCUUCCAUUUCGUGGCCUGGCGAAGCGUGAGCAACGCCAGCACCCCAACAUUUAAGAUUCGGGGCCAACAGCAUAUCCAUCCGCAUCCGCAGGUCGAGAUGCCGACCAUCCGGAGGUGCUGCAUCAUCGGUUGUCUGUCCAACUCGCGCCAGCACCCGAGCAUGCAGUUCUUCGCCUUCCCCCGCCCGGAGAAUCCCUUCCACAAGCUGUGGAAGGAGGCGUGCCACGCCUCUCUGAGGCGGAUUGUGCCCUUCAAGAAGCCGGUGGUGUGCGCCCUGCACUUUGACCCCAGUGUCCUGGGCGGCAGAAGGCUGCAGUCGAACGCCCUGCCCACGCUGCGCCUGGAGGUUCCGUCCAACCUGGAGGCCGUUGAGCAGCAGGCCAUGGUGGAGGAGAUCGAGAGGAGCCGCAAGUGCGCCUACAUCAAUGCAGUCGUCUACGAGUGGCUCGUGAGGGCCAAUAUCAAUCCCCAGCUGCGGGGCAGCAUUACUCACGGGAUGAUCAAGGACAAGGCGGAGAAUGCCCGCCAGGUCAUCGGGAGCACGUCCUUCAUAGCGGACAAUCGCUGGCUGAACCGCUUCCGGGAGACGCACCUCCAGGGCUUUGCCCAGAAACUAGCCAGCAAUCAGUUGAAGCCUCUGGGAUCCUCACUGUGGAUUCCGGACAUUGUGCAGGACCUGGCCCAUCUUUUUCCGCCCGCCAGUGCCGAGAGAGUGGCCAAGCUGGAGGAGAUGCCCGAGCAGUAUAUGAGCUAUAUGCAGCAGUACGGGGAAUACGAGGAGGACGAUGACAGUAUGGAUGUCAAGGAGCAGAGCUACCAGGAGCAGCAGCAGCAACAGCAACACUUUGCCCUCCAGCAGCAACAUAUGCAACAGCAGCAGCAGGCCCAGAUGGGUCUCCCUUGGCCACCAUUUCCAGGACAUCCCGGACAUGCACCUCCACAUCCCGGUUUUGCCAGCUUCAAUGACUUUUAUUUCGAGCGUCAUCAGCAGCAAAUGCAACAGCAACUCCAGCAGGCGCAGUUCCCACCCACUAUGCCGCCGCAAAGGGAACCGUUCCAGCCCCAGUUGCCGCCAAAUGUUCCUCCCCAGCGGGCCAGUCCCUUCCAGCCCGUUCAGUUGGCCAAGAGACCCAAAAUGGAGUCACCCGAUGACGAUGAAGUGCAGGAGAUCAACUCGUCGGUGACCUCGCCACCACUUCCUCUCGCCGAAUCCACCUUGACUAGCAAGGACAGCCGAAGUUCCAGUCCCAAGGAGCAGAAUAACAAUAAUAGCGGGGGCAGGGACAGCGCCAGCAGCAAGGAGAAUGCCCCAAAGGGAGGCGGACCCAGCGGCAAGUCCACGCCAGCCCUCUCCUCCAAAGGAAAGGACUCGCCAGCUCCAGCUCAGCCUGCAGCCAAAGCCGCCUCUACUCCCGCCUCGCCCAAGAAGAUCCAGAACGGAUCUAGCUCCGCUGGCAGUCAAACCAAUGGCCACACAUCUCCAGAACCCGAAGAUAAAAAAACCUUGGCCAUGAUCAAGGAGUUGGAUAGCUACCACCAGGCUUUGGAGUACCUAAAACCGCUGGAGGACUUUGUGCUCUUCAAGGAGAACUUCCGGGCAAUCGGUCUGCUAUCCCAGCUGGAAUUGGUGCUCCGCAAGGGGGACAAGGCCACGCUGGUCGAGGGUUAAAGCGGUGCGGUGAACUUUACCCCAUCUCCAGGACGAGCACAAAACACAAAUGUGAUGAACAGUGUACAUAUGUAUCAAGUAGUAUUAUUAAUACCACCAAACGAGUUGUUUAGGUCUACAAAGAAUCUCCACUCGCAUAAAGCUGAACAUACUUCAUUAAUUUAUUAAUUAAUCUAAGAACAUUAAAAUGAAAUUUUAAAAAUUG